AUGCCAGUCACCCUGCACGGCUCCUGCCACUGCGGCGCCGUCCGCUUCUCGCUCGACAGCAGCACCCCCGUCCCCUACCAACUCUGCGCCUGCUCCAUCUGCCGCAAGACCGGCGGCUACUUGGGCUCCGUCAAUCUCGGCGGCUGGUUCAACACGCUCAAGAUCUCGCAGGGGGCCGAUGUCAUCAGUAAGUACAAGGCGGUGCUGAACCGCGAUACGCCAGAGGAGAAACUGGCGAAUAGCGAGCGCAGCUUCUGCUCAAAGUGCUCGACGAUGUUGUGGGUGUGGGAUAGUCAUUGGCCGGAGCUGGUGCACCCGUUUGCGCCGGCGAUUGAUACGCCGUUGAAGGAGCCCGCGGAGAUGGUGUGUAUCAAGAAUAAUAGCAAGCCUGCAUAUGUGCGGUGGCCGGAGGGGAAGAAGCAGGUCCAUGAGGACUAUAAUAAUCUGUCGUUGGAGGAGUGGCAUAAAGAGAAUGGGGAAUGGGUCGAGUAA